UCGUCCAUGUUGUGGACGUCUUGCUGUUUAUGCCCACCGGUGUGUAUACGUCGUUAGCAUGCUAUUGAAUGGUCGAUCUAGCUGAAGAUUUAUUAUUAAAAAUGGACACCGAACUGCUAGCCUUGACGGGCGGUUUAAUGGAAAUCAAACAGGAGAUCGACCGUAGUUUCCUCGCGGACAACAUGUUUUCUCAAGAGGACUACAAUUAUAUCUUCAAAGAUAUGAGUGAUGACGAUGUUUAUGAUCACAUUCUCCAUUCAUCUACAGCUGAAUAUGGCAGUUCACAGAGUGACAAAAACUUCAGCUUUAAUGAAUUAAACAUCUCCCCAACUGAUGUAAAAAUGGAGCCCUGCUCCCGGGAGUCUACGUACAGCUGUCCAGACCCAGACACAUUUCUUAAUAAUGUCCAUACGUCUGACCCAACCUUAGCACCAAGCCCAACCUCUGUUCCCGACACACCUCCUGACACCCCACCUACACAGAGUGGCUCCAGCACUCCUCCACAUUUACUGGAUUGCCCAGGGUACUUGCUAACUGUAUCAGCUUCUUCCGUUACAUCAAAGUCGACCUCAGCACACUUUCCAGUGACACCUCCUCGGGUGGCUCCUUCUGUUGUCAUGGUAUCCUCACCGCCGAGGGUCGGGCGUGGAAAGAGGACUCGCUCACAAAAGACACUGACGCUGACUCAGGAGGAAUUUAAUCAGCUUACAGCACAAGGAGUGCUCACAAUUAAGACACCAACCACUGGCGCCAGCACUGUCAAGACAGCAGCUGUGGCGCCCAAGAUUGUAACUUCACAGGCAAUACCAAAAGUGGCCAAGGUGACUAUUCCUACCCUCAACAAUGUGGUCCCUGCAGUCAGCCUCAGUAGUACUACAUCUGCAACUUUGCCCAUUGUCAAGACGGCUGUCGCAGUCUCCAAUCCCCCUGUCAUCUAUGGACCCUCGGCCACACUCAUUCAACAGCUUAGUGAUAGCAAGGCAUUAAAAAGGCAACAGAGGAUGAUCAAAAACAGGGAGUCAGCCUGCCUGUCACGAAAAAAGAGAAAAGAGUAUCUUCAGAAGCUGGAGCUUGAUGUGCGGGAGUUGGCCAACGAGAACGCCAAGCUGAAAGAAGAGAAUGCUCACCUUCGUCACAGAGUAGCCCAGCUAGAAUCUGAGGCAAAAAGGAGACUACCAUCAUCCUCCAGUAUUAAGAGGACGACCGCUUUCAUGGCUGUCAUGUUUAUGCUGACAUUUAAUCUUGCUCCAUUCAGUGGCCUGUUUCGUAACUCGGUACCAAGUGGUAGUGAUAAGCCAGUGCUCCCAGCAGUGCCUAGCUCACGGUGGGGCCGGCACCUGCUUUGGUCUCAGUCUGACCUGUCUGUCGAAGAUUCCAACUUCGUCCCAGAGCUGCAACCAUCGGUGUCUGAUACUGGGGAGCUUCCUACAAGCAGUGGUGGUGACCAGUCAGCAGAAUUCUUGGGUGCCCUGGAUGCUCACAGCAACUCACGCAAUGGGUCUUUUAAGUGCCCUUCAUCCAUCAACCAGACUGAGUCCCUCAGACUGCAGAGCCAGCUGCGUGGCUGGGCUAACCAUGUGGAGCACAUGAACCUGAGACUGACAGAGCAGCGCAAGAAGCCCUCCCUGCCACAGCAGCCACUGGUCCGAAAGCCUCGCCUGCAGACCUGGAUUAGUACCCGAUAUGCCAGUGAUAGCAGCGGAGUCUACGCCGAGAACUGGGAGGCCAACAGAAAUGAAGACUACUUCCAGCUAUACCGAGCACUGCGGAGAAGUUACGAAGAACUCUACGAGGCAAUCCAGAGGAAGGACGACACAUUCUACUUUGUCUCAUUCUCUGGGGACUAUCUUCUACUAUCAGCAAACUCUGAAAAUAGGACCAGAAUGCCAAGAAUGUCACUUGUCAUGCCUGCAGGAACGUUCAAUGAAUCUACACACAUGGUAAAGGAACAUGUACCGAUGGUGCAAAUUGACUGUGAGGUCAUGAGUACGAAAAUAAUGUAUGUCAAGGAAUCGGUCAUUCCACCCCACUUGAGGCAGCAGUAUCCCCGCAAUGCUACUCAGCCAAAGACUACUGGAACUAAUGUGAAUGUUGCGGCAGUGCGGACGAAUGUGACGAGGCAAGAACCAAGUUCCUACUCGCGAAACAUGUCCAACCACUCAAGACAGCAGCGCCUUCCACUACGAAACCAUACUAGGCGGAAUGGCCAGUAGUACCGUCCAACCACUGUGGAGUGGCAUUUGGCAUCUUAACUUAUUUGAAUGGCUCACUGAAUGCAACAGCGCCAGGCCAAGACUCCGUAACUGUUCUUGCUUGGUGCUUGCUCACAAACUCUGUGUGUCCUUUCCUUUCUGCCUGGGAAAUAACAUAGAGAAGAAAAGAAUUCUGUGUGCACACAUAUGUGCAUGACUGAAAAUAUCAGCUGCUUGGCAGUGUGGUAGUGAACUGGGGCACUGUGAUUUGCAACUUUAAUAGCAUUGAGGUUGCAUGCCUUGCGUAGCUUGCCUAUGGGGUUUCUGCUUUAUGUCUCUUUUUUUACAUUUUUUUUAUUAGGUGGAAAGCACUAAUGGCUGUGGUUUGUGCUGUGUCACUUUUAUUAUUUUUAUGAAUUGGCUCACCCUCUCAAAUCUGCAGAAUUUAGAAAUUUUUGCCAUGUGUAACCAGUUGCAGUGGUUGGUUUUGGCUGGCAGGCAUGUUACAGUACUCGAAUACUGGUUUGUUUUAGUUAUUCUUGCCAUUUAUGCCUUUCACUGAAGUAUGUUGAACCCUAUUGCUUUCUGCAAAGCAUGUCUACAGCAAUGACUUGACACAACACAGAAUGUUGCUGCAUUAGCCUACCGACAGCUUACAUUACUGGCUACAGUUUGUGAGCUGCACAUUCUGUAGUGGAAUGUCAUUUGAUUUGGAAGAGGGAAUGUUUGCAUUUGAGGGUCUCAGUGCAUGUCAAUUUUUUUCAUGAAAUUUGUCCACAAAGUCUGCAACCUGCUACAAUCACCAUUUUGAAAAGCAGGCUGGUCAAGUGUCCAACUUAUAUUUCGGUACCGAUUUCAUGGUUUGUUCUGUUUGCAUUAAUGUAUGAUUCAGGCCUUGUAUAGCAUGAAAAGCUGCCCUUGCUAAGCAAGAAACAGGUACACAGCUUCAUUGCAAUUCGACGUAAUUCACUAUAUGAAACCUGAUUCUCAUUUUAUAGGUAUAUGUGUGUAAUAAUGGUCAGUUUUCGGUAUUUAAUGCCGCGCUAUUAUUCCUGUUUAUAAAGCAAGCAAACGAAAUCUGGUGCCACAAGAUACGUGAUUCGUCAAGUUGUGCCUUUGGACAGGCAAGCAGCUAUGUACAGAGAAGUGGACUGUAGUUGUGUUAUCAGUGCUGUAAUGUGACAUGAUAAAAAACAUUUUCUAGCUUGAAGGGCAUGGAAUUGAAUCGCAUUGCCAACAUGCAGCAUUUU